AGGAACCUUCGACAUAUACGUGGACUUCGACGGCAAGAGGAAGUUGGUGGGUCACUACAACAAUGAAGGCUUCUUCGGGGAGCUGGCUCUCAUGUACAACAUGCCCAGAGCAGCCACCAUCGUGGCAACGUCUAAUGGAACACUCUGGGCUCUGGACCGACAGACGUUCCGAAGGAUAGUCUUGAAAACGGCGUUCAACAAGAGGAAAAAGUACGAGAAGCUGAUCGAGGGCUGUUCAAUGCUCAAGUCGUUAGACGUGUAUGAACGGAUGAAUGUCUGUGAUGCCCUGACCACGCAGAAGUUUAAUGAUGGAGAUAAGAUUAUAUCUCAGGGUGACAAAGCUGAAUGCAUGUACUUUGUGGAGGAGGGCCAGGUGCGGGUAGCCAUGCUCAACAGGAAUUCACAGGCUGACCCCAAGGCUACAGUAGAACAAGAAAUCAGCAGAAUCGAGCCUGGGGGUUACUUUGGAGAGUUAGCCUUAGUAACUAGGAAACCACGCGCUGCCUCCGUCUAUGCUGUAGGCGAGACCAAAGUUGCAGUUCUAGAUGUUCAGGCAUUUGAGCGACUGAUGGGUCCCUGCAUGGACAUCAUGAAGCGGAACAUCGACAACUACGAGUCGCAGCUGAUCGAGAUCUUUGGUAACAAAGCCAACAUUUCUGACCUGCGGUGA